UAAAGCAGGAUGAAAAUAAAAUGGCCUGGAGAGAAGAUGAUUCCAUAGAGCAUGGGAUCUAUGUUGGCGAAUGCAGGAUAAUUCGGAACUCGAAACCGGAGCUAUCUAAGUUCAGUAUUUGGAUCCUAUAUGUAGUUUGUGCUGAGCUUAUGAUUAGAAUACUACCCGGAGUAAUUCUAAUCCUUCUCAACUCAAUUAUGAUCAGAGAUUUCAAUGCCGCGCUAGAACGAAGAAAGCGUCUCCAAGCAUCAAAAUUUCUUCAGUCCACGAGUAGACUGUCGCUAGUUGAGUCAGAGAAUUCAGAUGGGAAUAAAAACCUAGCAGAGCUUAACGAAGAAAAACCGUCCGUUCAGAAUGUAUUUGGAAUAAUGCGCUGGAGACCUUUCCAGCCCAAUGAGGAUGAGGGAAAAAAUGGCGGGUUAACCACGACUACAGAGAGUAUGGUUCAAAUAUGGCGGAUGAAAGCAAAAACCUCUGCUAGAGAUCAAAACAUUAUUAAACUUCUAUUCAACCUCAGUUUGAUAUUUGUAUUGACAGAAAUACCAAUGGCUAUCUGUAGAAUUCUUCAAGCUAUUUCACCAAGGUCCAGUGUUGAUGAUACUGCAGUCGUGAUGGAGAUAUAUAUUGUAUUCUGCAAUGUACUGGAGAUAAUAUUCGCUUCCUCCAACUUCUACCUCUACGUGUUCUGCAAUAAGGAGAUCAGGAACAAGGUUUUGACAUAUCUUCCACUAAAGCGUGCACGUGAACUGAAGGAAUCCAUUUUUACAAUUAACACAGACUCUAGCAGCUGGAAUACCAAGGAGAGUUUAUCCUUCCCUCGCUUCUUCAAAACCUCAUGGAACCCUGGCGACCAAACUUAAACCUUCUGGAACUCUAUCGAUGAAACUUAACCCUCUUGAAACCCUGGCAACCAAAUUUUUACCGCCUUGAACUCUGGCGACCAAACUUGAACCUCCUGGAACCUUGGCGACCAAACUUUAACCUCCUGGAACCCAGACGACCAAACUUUAACCUCCUGGAACCCUGGCGACCAACGUUCCCAACGUAAACCUCAUGGAACCCUGGCAACCAAGCUUAAAUUAACGUCCUGGAACCCUGGCAACCAAACUUAAUCCCCCUGAAGCCAUUGCUACCAAACUUAAACCUCCUGGAAUCCGGACGACCAAACUCAAACCAAACCCUGGCUACCAAACAACUUAAAUUCAAGAAAAAUUAGUUAACAUACGAAUGUUUACGUUAUUUAUUCAUGAAUUAAGGGUUUUCUUGGUCGGUUCAAGGUUUAGAAUCUAUAUAAUUCAGUGUGUAAACUUAAAUAGUUCUUCGUUUAAGAAGAGUAAAUAAAUUUGUAUUUUAAUG